GGCAACGGAAACCGGCGCCCCCCACACGUCAGCUCCGGGGCGGGCCCGGAAGCGGCGGUGUUGUGGCGGCGGCGCCAUGGUGUGCGAGAAGUGCGAGAAGAAACUGGGUACGGUGAUCACUCCCGAUACCUGGAAGGAUGGUGCGAGAAACACGACAGAAAGUGGUGGCCGCAAGUUAAAUGAAAACAAGGCACUGACCUCAAAGAAGGCAAGAUUUGAUCCUUAUGGAAAGAAUAAAUUUGCAAUAUGUCGGAUUUGUAAGAGUUCUGUCCAUCAGCCAGGGUCUCACUAUUGUCAAGGAUGUGCCUAUAAAAAAGCUUACAUUCCUUGGCUGCAUCUGGAUGUGCAAAUUGCAGUGGAGGCAGGAACCCCCUUGUGCCUGACUACGAGCCCGUGAGCACCUGUCUUGGACAAGGACUGUCCUGCCUUCCUCUGUGCACUUCUCACUUCCAUCCUUGAUCACUGCACUCGUUCUCAUCAGAACAAAGGUAAUCUGAGCUAAUUCAGAAGUGUGCACCUGUACUCUGUAUUGUAUCAUACACAGAUAGUGGCGUAGUGUGGUGGUAAAUCAAUGUAAUGCCUCCUCUCAGAAAAGCCAGUAAAAACUAAAUACCGUGAACCUAUUUAAAUGUUUGUAUCACAUAUAUUUUUAAAGUACGGUCCAAUACAGAAUGUAUGGUCCUAUGAAAAAUACACUCCUUACAGGAUUGUGCCAUGUAGGGACCACAGGGGCAGGAGUUUAUAUUUUAUUGUAAAAUGCUUAAGAAGUUCUCCAGCUGCCCAGGUAUCUGAAAGCUAAAUAAUUAGCUUUUUCUGUCUGAUGCAGAAACAGAAGAGGGGGGGUGGAAAGUUACUAAUGGUGAGUAUCCUUUGGUAAGAGGAGGAUGUAAUGGAGCCUUAAGAAUUAAACGUUUCAUAUGCUCCCACUUAUUUGCUUACACAGCUCCUGCCAGAGAGACCAUGCUUCCAACACAGAAUGUAGAUAUCAGACUCCAGUAUUAAAAGGGAUCUUGUACGUCACUUCCUAAGUUGUUUAUAAUUGUCAGUCAUCCUGCAGAUUUUACAGCUGAUACUAAAACCAGAACAGUUUAUUGCCAUGUCAUGUCUUGAAGGUUAUAUGAGCCUAGACUCUACCUUGUCAAAUACGAGCUGAACAAAGGAGGAUAACAUAGUUAAGCGUGUAAUUCUUCCAGUCCUGCUGUGUGGUAUUUUAAAUAGUAAGCUGUAAUAUUUAAUAAACCAAAUAAACAGGCUUUGAAAUUGGCAGGGCAGAUAAAUAGUGCAAGAGCUAGAAGUACAUCUGGUAGGAUACUUUCUUCUCUUUCUGUCAUCUGCAAGGAAUUUUCCCAAGACAAUAAGGUCAGAAUUGAAUUGGGGAAACGGUAAUUGUUUUCCACUCCUGUCAUCAGGAAACUGAAGUCAGAGCAAAGUACUUCUGUUACCACAACCACAGAUGUCUGUAGCCUUCCCCCCACCCCUCAUACUCCCAAAUUGUUUGGUAAGUGUCUGCAUUCAGUGAGUUUAGCGCUUUAGUAUGUGUAUGCGGACUGUACAGGCAACCUGAAUGUUCUUGAGUGAAAAAAAUUAAUAUGGAAGUAUUACAAAGGGUUGAUUGUAGCUGCAUGUUACCUUCUAUGCACUUUAUUUCAAGUUGUCCACUCAACAAAAUUAUAGCUGGCAAAAAUUAAUUAGGACUGACAGGGAUGUGUUAAAAGUUCAGCAGUAACUUUCCAGCUUUAAUAGAUCAGAUUCUGGCCAGUUCCUUCAGUCAUUUCAAGGAAAAAGAGACUCCUUCCUGAGCACCCACUGUGGAACCACUGAGGUGCUGGAGUCUCUUCCAGUUCCUUGGGAUAAGAGCUACUUAGGCUGGAAAUGCAAAGGAAUGCAAAGGUACUCCUUGGUUUCUCCAAGGAUGAAACUUUUGUCCUGCUAAGUCAAAAGGAGUUUUGCUAUUGUUUUGACUACAGAUAGGAAUUCUUCCCAGCAGCAAGUGACAAGGGUGAGAGGCAGUGUUUCCCCCAGCAGUCUCAGAGGAGGGACAGAGCCUGCCUCGCUGGGGAGCAGGGACUAUAAGGACUCCUCUUCCAUCCUGGAUCUGGAUGGAGGCUCUCAUAACUCUCAUCUUGGUCUCAAGGGCAAGAAGUGUAGAGGCUGCAGGCCAUCCUGCACAUAAUCUUCUCAGUCCCUUCUCAGUCCUUUCAACCUGAGUAUUAUGUUUAAGGAAGUUCUGUAAAAAGUUCCAGCUGCCUCUCCAGGGUAAAGGGGUUCCUCUGUGCCAGAUUUUUUAACUGCUAUGCUGUAAUAUCCUGCCAUGGUAUGCAUCCUGGGAAGAAAACCCGUUUUUUGGAGGUACGUGGUAGCUUGCUGCAGAAGCCUGCCAAAGACUGGCUGAGCAGCUACAUCUCCUUCAUCUUCCUGACUAUACUAAGUAUCAGGCCCACUGGCAUGGCGCAUCCCGGAGAAGAAAUGAGAAUCUCGUGUAAGGACUUACUACUCCUGCAUCACUCCUUGUGCCUCUUAAGUAAUCCUGUUCAGCCACAUACCAGUUCUGGUGUCUGCUCAGUGGUAUGGUAUGUGAGUUACCUUAGUCUCUAGCUCCUGUUUGUGCCUUCUACCAUCUUUGCAAGAUUUUAUGAAUGAUUAAUGGAGAAAAUGUAAAGGACAGAGAGGCAACUGAUUGACACUGGCUCCUGAACAAGGCACGGUCCCUGAAAUGUGUGUAUGCAAAAUCAGCAACUCUUCUAAAAACAACUGCUUGCGUAUACAGACGCAGGAGUUGGUGGGUACCACAGUGUAUGGAUUUUGUCAACUGUCCUGUGUAGGUGCAGCUUUGAAUAUUAGGCGCUAGGUGAUUCAGUUGCCUAAUCAGAGGCAUCUAGUGUCUUCUUAGAUCCUGACACACCUCCAGCUGCCGCUUCAAAAGGGCUUAGGUCUCCUGUAAGUCCUUACCAUAUCUGUCAGCCCAAUAAGGAUGCCUUGGACAGCCUAGGUCAUCUAAAAUGGCAUAGACCGCUAGUUCAGAUGUGUCCUGAUUGCUCCCAAGAUGUCUGUGUAGCUAGGGAAAUGGGAUAUAUUUGAAGUUCAAAGCUUGUAUUUUCUGUAUAGAAUAAAAUUAUUUCCUUUGUCUUAGUUAAAUGGAUCAUUGGGAGAACUAUAAGCCCUUCAUGGUUUUGCACAUGAAAAGAAACCCAGAAGGUCACAAGCUGUCAUAUGCAAUGAAAAACUGUAAGUAUAUAGCAUGUCUAUAAUCUGUAUGUAAACCACAGUGAAAAGUGCCAUGUUUUAUGUCACUUGACUGUUUUCAUGUAAUCAAAGGCUGUGGGGUCCUUUGAUCAAGAAUUUAUGACAUUUCAGUGGCACCAAAGACUGUCACUAUUUAAACAUGAGUAGACUCCUGUGAGAACUGAAGCCAUUGUGUGAUAAAAGGAAUGUACUGGUUAUAUGACUUGCAUACUUCAUCUCAGUUUUCUACAUUUAUAGGUUUCUUUCCAGAAAUUAUUUAAAUAUGUUUCAUGCCA